UGACCCAGCGGUUAAACAAGUAAUUCUGAGUCUUGACAAGAAGGAAAAAGUCAUCAUAGAAGAUCUUGACGGAAAACAUCUUUUGAUUGAUUCAGCCCGAGUUGAAUAUAUCAAGAAAGAGGUUGAAAAGUUGUUAGAGGAAAACACAUAUAAGUCAGAGUUAGACAGAGUACUAUAA